AUGGCGCCGCCGUCGGCGCCGAACGACGAGCUCCUGUCGACGAUACUGUUUUUGAUCAACAAUCACUACUGGUGCGCGCUGUACGAGCUCUACGUCGACGCGCGAAGGCUGAAUGUGUUGGAUGCGGAUUUGCCUUCGCUGAACACUUUAAAGUCGUUCUUUAACGACUCAAAGCGGUUCCCCGACGGCGUGUUUCGCGCGGUCAACGACGCGUUCGACAGUGGGGUGUCGGCCGCGCGCGUGGUGGACGCGGAGUCGCGCGCGGCGGUGGCGGAGUACGAGUUGAGGUGCGCGCGGGAAGAUUUGCAAAACUCGCGGCGAGGCGCCGGCGGAGGCGGAGGCGAGGACGGUGGCGAAGACGCGAGCGGGGCGAGCGUGCGGCGAGGCGUGGACGCGGAUGAUGCGUUUGCGCCCACGAGCGGUGAUUCCGCGCGCUCGAGCGCGGAUGACGUGGGUUUGGAUGCGAAACUAGACGCGGCGACGUACGAGUACCUGUCUCGUCGCGGAUACAAAGCCACGGCGCUUUCGAUGCGCGACGAAUCGUCCACAGCGGCGAAGUUGAUGGAAAAAGAUUUCGCGAGCGAUGGAGAAAGAAGUUUCGGGGCGCUGCGAAGGAUGUACGAGCGCGCGAGAAUGACCGAGACGACGGCGAGCGCCCUGGAGAGCGAACGCGCGCGCGUCGACGACGUGGAGAGCGAGCUGAUUCGCGCCCGCGCGCGAAUCGAUGAACUCGAACGCGAAAAUACGACGACGACGACGUUGCGCGACGCGUUAUCGUCGAAAUUAGCGCUAGCAGAAAGUGAGCUGAGCGAUUUGAAGGUUUCGGCGGCGCAGUGGGAGAAGAAGGCGACGGAAUCCGCGAGCGAGGUGAAUAGGCUGUUGUCUGAACUCGGCGCUGGGAACGAGGAAUGGUCGAGUCGCGACGGCAACGGAGUGCCGCGAACGACGAUUGAAGAGAACGAUACAAUCGACGCGGUCUUGUCGUUCAUUUGCGCGAUCGCGCCGAAGGUUUCGCCGGCGGCGCGGAAGGAGUUGCUGCCGAUGAUUUCCCGCGCGUGCGUGCGAGCCGCCGGCGAUGAAAAACGCGCCGCACGGUCUUCGAAUCUGUUUUUUGAGCUCUUCAAAGCCCCGAAUGCAGAACAGAGAGAUGCAAUCGUCGACGCGAUCGCGAACGUUGGCGAAAUCGUGGGCAUGAACGCCUUCGAGGGGACAUUCAUUCGAGGCUGCCUCGGAUCCGAAGCCGUGGCGACGAUGAACGAAGAGCGACGAGUGCUCGUGCUCGACGCCAUCGCCAAGCUCGGCGCAUCAUCGUGGUUUACUUUGAAUAAUUUUGUCAUGGAUGGUUUCAAGCGUGCCGCGGUAGAUCCAAGCGAUGGUGUUCGAGCGGAGUGCUCACGAGCGGUGGAGCGUUACAUCGCCGCAAACGCGCCGAGCGACGACAACAUGGAAACGAUUGAAGACGUUUUGAUGACGCUCGCGUGCGACGGCUCCGACGAAGUUGCCGACGCCGCGCGAGCGACGCUCGCCCCCGCCGUCGCAUCUUGGUACCUAGGUGCGAAUCCACGACGGUUCACGGACGUUUUCGCGCGAAAGGUGCUCGACAAAGCCGCCGAGGCAUUGCGGAGCGGAUGGACCGGCGAAGGCGCCGAGCGGGAGUUCAAGGGUUGGGUGUCUCCAGAAGAUGGUGAUCGUCAUCGAUGGCACGCGACGAGCCUAGUAAAGACGUUUGAAGCGUUUGCGCGGCCGAUUCGCGAGGCGUUAAGCGCGACGAAACCCGCGUCUAUCGCAGACGGCGUCGACGACGCGCUGAGCAAAGACGCUCCAGAUUCCUGGCCUUUCGCGCAGUGGUGCGUAAAAGAAGCCUCAGACUUGAUUGUCCAAGUCAUUAGCUCCACCGCACCCGAUGUCGUCGGUCAAGAGUCCGUGAGAGAGAGCAUAUGCGCCGCCGUCGCGUCUUGGUGCGGCGUUCUCGGCGCGCUCGCCACGCGAGCGGUUUUGAUUGGAAAAGUGAACGAUGCUUGCUUGGUGAGUUACGAUCAGCGUCGCGCGGUGAUGCCAAUAUUGCUCGCGGGCGUGGUUCCUUACACCCCGGACGGUGGCGCCGUGCUCGGAGAUUACAUUAAGCGCCUGAUUCAACAAGCCAGCGCGGAGUCGUGCGAUGAAAUCAUCGACGCCGCGCGGUACCUCGCCGCGUUCGAGCAGCACACCGCAAACUUGCUCGAUGCGUUGAAGCGGUGCGCGCAUCCGAUCGCUGAGAACCCACCGACCGUGCGCCUUAUCACCGCACGUCUUCUCGCGGCGACGUCGGAGAUUUUGCCGCUCAAGCACGUGCUCGAACACGUCUAUCCCGCGCUCAACGUUUUGCGAGCCGAUCCCGAGACGAGUGUCCGCCGCGAAACCGCUCUAGCGCUCGCGGUGUGCGCGUGCACGCACUACGAGACUAUCGAACCGACGACGCAAACGAUGCGUCAGCUCGAGUCGUUGAUCGGCGACUCCGACGUCGGCGUCCGCGUCGCCGUCGUCGAGGCGAUGUCCCUCGGCGCGUCGGUGCCCGGAACGUCGUUCGCCGUCUCCGCCGCCAGCGCGCUCUCAGCCAUCGCGCAGCUGCCGAGUGAAGAACACGAGAUCGCGCACGCGCUUUUCGCGGCCAUUCGCGACAUGCUCGGCGCGGAUGGCGAUUUGUUCCCUCAAAUCUCCCCCGCCCUCGUCGCCUUGCUCGCGAGCGGAGGCCUCGACCAGGGGCGUCGCGCCCAAGUCGAAACCAUGCUUCGCGACGGCGGCUGGUCCCCCGACACCGCGCCAUCGAGCAUCACCAACGUCACCGUCGACGCGCCCCACGCACCGGGACGCGGGAGGUCCUCCGCGUUCGAUCGUAUGAAGAGCGUGGGCCGUUCCGCCUUCGGCGGCCGCGGUCGCGACGCUCGAUGA